GUUCACAACAACACUUAACUGAAGAAUCGAUUCCUCAUGGUGUCGAGUCCACUCCUUGCAACGGAGCAGCUGUGAUUGUGGAGGUUGACGAUUUUUGUUCGGCUGGCUUAGUAAUAGUAAAUGGUGGAUAUUUAUGAAAAAUAUUUUAUAAAAGAGGUUUCCAAUUCUGUGCCAUGUCUUUGGAGAGCACAUCAGACCUGGUUAACGAGAACACCUGUGUACCCUCCUCAUUGAACCUUGAUCUGCGCUGCCCACAUAGUGCUCUCCUGGACACAGAGCUCGGCCUGAAAGGCAAAACCAAAGGCUCCUCCAAGAGCCGCCAUAUUUACGCCAGCACCACCUCCUCACACCUCCUCACCGGCGUCAUGGGUGGCCGGGACGAUGACGUGUCUCACCGUGAGGAAGAGCGAGCAAGGAAUCAAGAAAACGAGCAAGGUCACUCCAUCUCUGGGAGUAACACCAAGUGGAUGAAGGAAGGUCAGAACCAGCUGCGUAAAGUCGCAGAGCAGCAGCAGGACCUCAACAGAAAUCCAGACCAGAACCUUAACCUUACGGAAAACGAGAACGAGAGUCCAGAUGUGAACCCAAACCAGAACCACAUGCUUGAGGAGCGACAGCAUGAUGUGGAGAACAACAAGAACCUGAAGGUCCUCUGCUCAGAGCUAGACAUCAGGAACACUGCCAACGAACCUCUACUGAUUGAUACCUCUGAGGUUCCCAAGGGCAAGGAGCAAGAGGAGGAUGAGGAAGAGGAUGAGGAGGAAGAAAGCCUACCUGCCAGUGCUGGAGAGAAAGACACAGAUUCCUCUGAGGCGCAGAGCAGCAGCGAGUCGCGGAAAAGCGGGGAAGGCGGAAGCAAGAACAGAUGUUUACUGUUCAGCAAGAAUGGUGCCCCCAGUGAUGAGGACUCCAGCUGUAUGUCUCUGUCUCAGGGGAGCACGGCCACCAGCACCCCCGAUGGAGAUACAGAGUCUUACUGGGACCGCAGUGCGUUUGAGACGGACACAGACCUGCCAGCCGGGUGGAUGCGGGUUCGGGACACUUCUGGCACCUACUACUGGCACAUUCCAACAGGCACCACACAGUGGGAACCACCAUCUCCGAUGGAAGAGGGUGCCAUGCCAGAGAGACCUUCGAGCACCUCCCCUGCAAUUACACCCUCUGAGGAACCACAGAUUACAUGGAAUGGUGUUCCUCGUCAAAACAGAUUCAAUGAUGACUUGUGGAAGGAGGAGGAUGUAACUUCUGAUCAGAGUCUAAAGGAAUUUGAAGGGGCUACCUUGCGCUACGCCUCCAUCAAUCUCGGCUGUACUCAGUCAGAGGGAGAAGAAAAACCAAGUUCAUACAGCACUGAUGGAGAGGCCAAGUGUUUUGCUGUACGAUCGCUGGGCUGGGUGGAGAUAUCAGAGGAAGAGAUGGCACCUGGCAAGAGCAGCAUUGCUGUCAAUAACUGCAUCAGGCAGCUCUCCUACCACAAACACAACUUGCACGACACAGCCGGUAUCUGGGGAGAGGGAAAGGACAUGCUCCUGGUGCUGGAAAACGAGAUGCUAAAUCUGAUUGAUCCUCUGGGGCAGACCCUUCUCCACUCACAGCCUAUAGUCAGCAUCCGUGUGUGGGGUGUUGGCAGGGACAACGGCAGGGACUUUGCCUACGUGGCGCGAGACAAGCUAACCCAUGUUCUAAAGUGUCACGUGUUCCGGUGUGACACUCCUGCCAAGAACAUUGCCACCAGCAUGCAUGACAUCUGUUCUAAGAUUAUGGCACAGAGGAAGUCCUCAAAAUCAAGUCUAAGCAGACUCAACAUUGAUCCCUCUAAACUAGUGGACAUUCCGGUACAGGAGUUCCCAGCACCAAAGAAUGAGCUGGUCCAACGUUUCCAGGUGCGCUACCUUGGUAAUGUACCGGUGGCAAAACCAGUAGGCAUGGAUAUACUUAAUUCUGCCUUGGAGGUGGCACUUGCCUCUAGAGACAAAGCAGAUUGGAGUCCUGUGACUGUGAAUGUGGCCUCUGCUACUCUUACUAUACUUAUUUCAGAUACUGAGGAGGUUCUAUCAGAGUGUCGUGUUCGCUUCCUGUCAUUCAUGGGCGUGGGGAAAGAUGUACAUACUUUUGCCUUCAUCAUGGCUGAAGGUCCUGGAGAUUUCAUCUGCCACAUGUUCUGGUGCGAGCCCAAUGCUGCCAGUCUGAGCGAGGCCGUGCAGGCCGCAUGCAUGCUGAGGUAUCAGAAGUGUCUGGAUGCCAGGCCCCCCAGCAGUAUCUCGUGUUUGCCUGGCCCUCCUGCAGACUCUGUUGCUCGCAGGGUGGGGUCCAGUGUCAAGAAGGGCGUGCAGAGCCUGCUGGGAACAUUCAAGAGAUCUGGAGCCCAAACACCGUGAGAAAACAAGUCCUCCCCACAGUGGCUGUCGUUCUCCACCUCCCUCUUCACCCCAGCUUGUCCUCCACCUGUCAGCUGUAGAUCUCAAUCAAGUGUGGAACACUCAUUUCAUUUCUCCUGGCCUCUUCUGAUGAGCUCAGGUUUCCCUGCAUUUCUGUGUCAUGAGCUGUAUGAAUGUACCAUCAAGACAUGAUUCAGACACAAAUGGAAUAUAGUACAAUGUAAUUGUUACACAAUAAUAAUGUCAACACUGUCACACUUUGGUCUAGAUAGAUAGCAUUGCAUCUCAUUAAUGAUUCUUAAGCAAUGCCUUUUUUGGGGUUUCAAAGCAAUUGAGCAUAUGCAAUGUCUGUCUCCUUAAAAAACUGGACCAAAAUUAUUAUCACAAAUUACACUAAGUACCUAAGGUGUUCACGUUUAAACAAAAGAACAAUGCAUAACUACAUGUACUUUUUAAAAACACUAAAACUAGCACCAAGCACCGUUACUACAGUUAAUGUAAUGUGCUAUGUGUACUGUAACACUGCUGUUGAGACAGAUUUUUAAAUAUAGACAACAUAUGAGAGUAUGUUUAAAUAGAAUGGAAGGAUCUUUUAAAGUUGUGUGCAUAUUUUCUGUUCACAGAAUACACCAUGUGUGUGUUAGUUAGGAUGCUUUCACACUUGAAUUUGUUCCCCCUCUCAACCACAAGUUUUGCACAUAAUCUUAUGGGAAGCAGCCACAAAGUACACUGCUUUUAAAAAGGUUUUCAGUGGGUUUUCAUCACAGAGGAACACUUUCAAUGCAGAAUGCCAUGAAAAACAAACAGGAAAAAAAAGAACAGAAAAAUGAUGACCACCUGCCUAAUAUUGUGGUGGUCCCCCUUUUGCUGCAAAAACAACCCUGACCCGUCCUGCACUGUGUAUUCUGACACCUUUCUAUCAGAACCAGCAUUAACUUCUACAGCAAUUUGAGCAACGGUAGACGCUCUGAUCCAGUGGUCUAGCCAUCACGAUUUGUCCCUUCAUCAAACUCGCUCAAAUCCUUACGCUUGUCCAUUUUUCCUGCUUCUAACAUCAACUUUGAGGACAAAAUGUAUACUGCCUAAUAUAUCCCUCCCACUAACAGGUGCCAUGAGGAGAUCAUCAGUCUUAUUCACUUCCUCUCACUGCUCAUAAUGUUAUGCCUGAUCGGUGUAUGGAGAUUUCCGUCAUAAAUUACUCAACGUUUUUGGGAUGUUAUGCGAAGUCUCACUUGAGCUCAAAACAUCACCACAAACCACCAUUCUCCUCAAUACUAUAGUUAAACAAUCUUUAUGUAAUCUAAAAUGCUGACAAUAAUCUAUCAAAUUGAGAUGACUUGUUAUCCGAGUAAUAAGUAAUAGAACUGGUAAGAGUGUGUGUGUGUGUGUGUGUGUGUGUGUGUGUGUGUGUGUGUGUGUGUUCGUUCCCAUAUCCGCACAAAAAGUGAACCAGGCAAUGAUUUUUUCCUGUUAAAACAACAAAAUUAUUCAAGUGUGAAAGCACCCUUCCUACAGCUAGACUAUAAUUCUACACACAACACGACUGUAUUCUAUAAAUCUACACUGAAUGACACGUGACCACACUGAAUGAGGUGACCUUAUCAGUGCAUUAGAAGUUUAUUAUUUACAGUUUUUGAUGAUUUUAUCUGACUGGAAUUAUUUAAACAGAUUAUUUAUAUACUCUAAAAUAGCGUUACUGUAUCAUAGUCUUCCAAAAAAAACGGCUCAGCAAAGAGCCCCAGGAUAUUUCACUAGCUUAAACGGGCAUUAGUGACAAAAAAAUUUUUUUUGUAGAUUUCUUUUAAGUUGUUUUUAUUUUCCCUGCUGGGUGGGAAUUUUUUUUAUUUUAUUUUAUUUUUUAUUUUAUUUUUUUAAGACAUAUGUUGUGAGGUCUCACCACUGUGUGGUUUUUUUUUUUGUUUGUUUGUUUGUUGUUUUUUUGGAAAAAGAAGUGACUCUAUCAUGUUUGCGUUGCAAGUCUGCCUUCAUCAGGUUAGCGAGAUCUGAUCUGGAGGAGAAAUGAUCUAUAAAAAUGCUUUAAUCAUGCAGUGUAGGUGUAGGUAUAGAGAUGUACAGGUAGAGGGCGCUCUCUGCUUUCCAUUAGUUUUGUACUAUAAUGUCAGGCUCAUUUUCUCAAAUGGUUUCCGUGUGUAUUUUAGAACAAAAAAUUUCUCAUAUACACUUAUUUGUCACGUGUAUAUACAGAUGAUCAAUUCCACCUCUCAUGCACCUUGUAAUAUAAUUCACCAUGACUUGCCUCAUUGUUUUGGCUUCAAACCAGUAACAGCCAUUCACAGAACAUCGCAUCCUACUGAUUACUCACUGAAUGUUAUUGUGUAUAUAAACUAAUAUAGUGAUAGUAGCAGAAUGCACCCAUAUCCAGUAGCACAUUUCUCUGAAUGCUAACAGGUUGUGUAAAACUGUACUUCACCUACACACAAACACACACACUUUUCUUUACAUUUACUGUUCAGUUGGCUUGUGAGUAAGCCUCAGCUCAGCUGCUAUAGAAUGAAUGUUGUCUGAAAGGAAAUGAAAUUCUGUCAUUUUUCUAAAUUGUUUGAUUCAUUUUAUUAUUAUUUUUAAAACCAUGUCACAGUAGCUUGCCCUGCUGUCGCUCUACUAAACAAAAAUGUGUACGUGGUUGUGUCUCAGCGUCUCAUUUCCUGUAUAAACUGUAAGGUACUGUAGAUUUAGAUCACUUCACGUCAUGGAGAUUGGUAACAACAUGGAAUAAUAUCUCUGUAUUGUACCUUAUAAAAGGAAUGUAAAUGUUAGUUGUUUAACUAAACCAUGUUAGGAAAAAUCUGCUUCUGCUUUUUUGUUUUUAAGAAAAAAUUGAAUGAAUGACCGUGCCAAAGUGCACAAAGCCAUCAUGACCAGCCAGCCAACAUCAUAUUUCUUUACGCAUAAUAAAGCCAUCUGUGAGCGAGUUAUCUGCAUAGGUGUGUGCUAUGGUAGUGCAUUUUGUCACGUGUAAUAUGCAAAUAUUAUUCAAGUGUUUAGUGUUUCUAGAACGCCUUUUUCAUUUCGGCGAGAGAGAGAACAUUUCUCUUUUAUUUUGUUAUUGCUUGUUUUGAAUUGCUUUCUUAUAAUGUAAAUUAGGUGUCAUGUAAUGUAUAUACAUAUAUAUUAAUAUGAUGUGUCACUUGACAAAAUAAAAGUUACCGUCUGUCUCCUU